AUGAGGAGUCAUACCAAGCAGUUAACUAUUACGUAAGAAAACCAUUUCCAAAACUAAAUUAUUGAAAUCACUUAAACUUUGCGUAUUCUAUUUCCCAUUCUCAAGGUUCCGGCAAAUACAGAGUUGCAUUUUAACUUAUUAAUAAAGAAUUUGAAAGAUCCUUGAUUAUAUAAACAGGAUGGCGUAUUCGUUUACAAUUACUAAGAAGAGGGAUUGUCUGUCUUAUUAAAAUUCUUAAAUCAUAAUCUAGGGAUGGACUUAAACACGAUAAUUAAUUACAUUUAUUGAGAAAGCUAUAACAAUUUAUUAUGUUUUAUUUUGGAUUGCUCGAAAAUUAAGCAAAUGAAUUAAGUAUUAACAUUUAUACAAUUAAUAGAAAUAUUUUAUCUUAAGGAUAUACUUUAUCGAAUAUCAUAGAUUCACCUCUUAAUUUUUUAGUUAUCUAAACUUCAUGAAGAUGUUCGAUCAAUGUUAGUUUGGAAGCCUGAAAUAUAUUUUAAGGAUUCUCGUUUCAAUAAAAUCAAGUUUCAAUAUUAUUUAUCAGUUGGACAUUUACAUUUCCAAUUUAAACUAUUCGAUGCUGCACUUUUUUAUUAUAAAGAAGCUAUUGGUGAAUGUUAAAUUAUUAUGACUGAUAUUAUAAAUCAAGAUUUUCAUCUUAAAAAACUUUAUGACCAAUAUUCAAAAGUGAUUUCUUGGAUUAUAAUAACACUUUAUAUAAUGACUUUCGUAUAUGAAUUACAAUCAGACUAUAAUAAAUUAUUAGAAACAUUUAAAAUAGCACUUUGGCUUACAGAAUUAAUUGAUAAUUUCGGAUUAGCAAUGUUUUUAGAAGAACAAUACCAUUUGAAUUCAAAUUAAGUAUUUUAAUUAUUUAAAUCUAUAGUAUAAAUCAUUUAUGAUAGAAAUUAAAGAAAUUAACUACAUACUUGCUCCUAUAUUUCCUUAGUCUAACAUAAAAUAUGAUACAAAAUUAAAAAAUGAUAUUUGGUCAGACACAAAUGCUAGAUUUUAUAAGAAAUUUAAUAAAGAAAUAAAUCUUUAAUUAUAUUCCAUCUUUUAAUAACCAGAAGAUACUAAUUUAAAAAAAAAUAUGUUUCGACUUACAGAAUAAGAAACAACUAUUUAAUCAAAUAUUCAUACCCCUAGGUAACAUGAAAAAUGUAGAACAUUCAAUUCUUUAGAUGAAGUUAAAAACAGUAAAUUAACUAUUGGUAAUCCAUCACCUUAACAUUCUCACAGAGCAACUGCAAUUACAAAUCAUGUUAAAACUAAAUCUUUUAAAUUUACAUCAGAUAUAGAUUCUAUUAUAAAAAGAUUUCCAAAAAGAGAAAUUGAAUCAUUUUCAUCUUUAAAAGCAAAAAAGGAAUUGGAUCUCUAUUAUUAAUAAAAAGUGCUCUCUUCUUUUGAUAAUGCAAUUUAAAUUAAAUCUUUAAAAUCAGUUAAAUAAUAAAUAUCUUCUUAAGAAGAACUAGAUAAAAUAUGCUAAACUGAUCUUAUAGUUGGCAAAAAAUUAUUAAAGUUUUAAAAAUACACACAUUAAAGAGUGGCAACUAAUUCAAAUAUCAUGAAAAUUAUAUCAGAUAUUUCUAAAGAGUAAGAACAUUUGGAAGGGGUUAAUUCUGCACGUUUACUUGUUCAAGGUACUUAAGAUAUUGAAUAAAAAAUAAGAGUUAAAAUGUAAUAAUUUAUCAAAUAAAAAUCUAUGCACAAUGAAGGUGAAUUAAUGGUAAAUUCUUUUAUUAUAUUAAAUAGAAUCUUAAAGCUCUUGUAUCAGAUUAUGAAUAAAAUUUAUCAAAAGCUCCUAAAAAUCAUGAAUAACAGAUAGAAUAAUCUUACAUAUCCAAAUUUUUAAGAGAGAAAAAUAAAUCUAUCAUUUAAUCAAUUGACCAAACAAUCAAGCGCACUGCUCCAGAAUAAAUAAAAGUCAGAAAAUCAUUUUUAUCAAGGGUUCAAGAGUCACUAUUUAAAAAAUGA